AUGACCAAAAACAACGGAGAAGAGCCCAGGAUGGGGGGCAGGAUGGAGAGAUUCCAGCAAGGAGUCCGCAAGCGCACACUUUUGGCCAAGAAGAAAGUGCAGAACAUCACGAAGGAGGAUGUGAAAAGUUACCUCUUCAGGAACGCUUUUGUGCUGCUCACUGUCACCGCUGUCAUUGUGGGUACAAUCCUUGGAUUUGCCCUCCGGCCUUAUAAAAUGAGCUACAGGGAAGUCAAAUACUUCUCGUUUCCUGGGGAGCUUCUGAUGCGGAUGUUACAGAUGUUGGUCUUACCCCUCAUCAUCUCCAGUCUUGUCACAGGAAUGGCGGCCCUAGAUAGUAAGGCGUCAGGGAAGAUGGGCAUGCGAGCUGUAGUCUAUUACAUGACUACCACCAUCAUUGCUGUGGUGAUUGGCAUAAUUAUUGUCAUCAUCAUCCAUCCCGGAAAGGGCACAAAAGAAAACAUGUACAGAGAAGGUAAAAUCGUCCAAGUGACUGCUGCUGAUGCCUUCCUGGAUUUAAUCAGGAACAUGUUCCCUCCCAACCUGGUGGAAGCCUGCUUUAAACAGUUUAAAACCAGCUAUGAGAAGAGGAGCUUCAAAGUGCCCCUCCAGGCCAACGAAACACUCCUGGGAGCUGUGAUCAGCAACGUGUCGGAGGCCAUGGAGACCCUGACCCGGAUCCGGGAGGAGAUGGUGCCUGUUCCCGGAUCUGUGAAUGGAGUCAAUGCCCUGGGCCUCGUUGUCUUCUCCAUGUGUUUCGGUUUCGUGAUUGGAAACAUGAAGGAGCAGGGACAAGCACUGAGGGAUUUCUUUGAUUCUCUGAACGAAGCCAUCAUGAGACUGGUGGCGGUGAUAAUGUGGUAUGCACCUCUGGGCAUCCUCUUCCUGAUCGCUGGGAAAAUUGUUGAGAUGGAGGACAUGGGUGUGAUUGGCGGGCAGCUGGCCAUGUACACAGUGACAGUCAUCGUCGGCCUCCUCAUUCACGCCGUCAUCGUCCUGCCCCUCCUCUACUUCCUGGUAACCCGGAAGAACCCCUGGGUUUUCAUUGGAGGGUUGCUGCAAGCGCUCAUCACAGCUCUGGGGACCUCCUCAAGCUCUGCCACCCUCCCCAUCACUUUCAAAUGUCUCGAAGAGAACAACGGAGUGGACAAACGCAUCACCAGAUUUGUGCUCCCUGUGGGGGCCACCAUCAACAUGGAUGGGACCGCCCUCUAUGAGGCUUUGGCUGCCAUUUUCAUCGCUCAAGUUAACAACUUUGAACUGAACUUUGGACAGAUUAUUACGAUAAGCAUCACAGCCACGGCUGCAAGCAUUGGGGCAGCUGGGAUUCCUCAGGCUGGUCUGGUCACCAUGGUCAUCGUGCUGACAUCUGUGGGCCUGCCCACAGAUGACAUCACACUCAUCAUUGCGGUGGAUUGGUUUCUGGACCGCCUCCGAACCACCACCAACGUGCUGGGUGACUCCCUCGGAGCAGGGAUCGUUGAGCACUUGUCCCGGCAGGAACUAAAGAACCGAGACGUUGAAAUGGGGAACUCCAUGAUUGAGGAGAAUGAAAUGAAGAAGCCCUAUCAGCUGAUUGCCCAGGACAAUGAGCCUGAGAAACCCCUGACUGACAGUGAAACCAAGAUGUAG